UUCUCCAGGGGCCCAGCCCGUCCCGCUUGGCGCAGCUCCCAGCUGCCCCUGAUCGACGCAGCCAGCCGCUGGUUUCGUCCGGUUUCGAUCUGCUGCUUUCGAUCUUUGCAAAUAAAAAAAAAAAUGUCUGCUGCAUCGGGCUAUGUCGCUGUCCCUCGCUGUCCGGUGAUCUUCGACGGUACUAACUACACUGAGUUCGCUGGCUUCAUGCGCAUUCACAUGCGUGGCAUCCGUCUCUGGGGUGUUCUUUCUGGCGAGGUCUGCUGUCCGCCACGUCCGGUUCCUCCGGUGGCCCCUACUCCGCCGACUCCACUAGUUCUUCCUCCGGAUGCUAAUCAGGCCGCCAAGGAUGCGGCUAAGGUCGCUGAUGAGGCUGCUGAUCGUGCCUAUGAUGAGAGGGCUCUGGCUUAUGAGGAGGCUCUUCAGACGUAUCAUGGUGCUUUGUCUGUUUACACCCAGUGGCUUGAUGAUGAUGCUCGUGCUGCCGCUGUUCUUACUGCUAGUGUUCUGCCUUAGUUUGCUUCUGAGUUUCUGGGUCUUCCUACUGUCUUCCAGAUGUGGACCUGUCUUCGUCAGCGCUAUGAGCCCUCUGGUGAUGCCUUAUACCUGUCUGUGGUUCGUCAGGAGCAUGCUCUUCAGCAGGGUGACUCUACUGUUGAUGACUUUUAUGCACAGAGUUCUGCUAUCUGGCGCCAGCUUGAUUCUCUCUGCAGUGCUGGUCGUCGUACUUGUCCCUGCUGCCAGGCUGUCCAGGCCGAUUUGGAGUUUCAUCGCGUCUACGAGUUCCUGUCUCGGCUCCGUAAGGAGUUUGAGCCUCGGCGUGCUCAGUUGCUUGCUCGUGGCCGUAUUUCUCUCAUGGAGGCGCUUUCAGAGAUUCGUGCUGAGGAGACUCGCCUACGUGGUGCUGGUUUGCUGGAGGUUCCCUCUGUGCUCGCUACUCGGGUUUCUUCCACUCCACCUGCUGCACCGCCCCAUUCUCGCUCGAGUGCUCCGCCGCUCUUGCCCACUCCUUCUGGAGGCUCAGGUCGCCCCCGUUCACAUUGUGACUACUGCAAGAAUGAUGGUCAUAUUGAGUCCCAGUGCUACACCAAGCGGAAACACCUGCGCAAGGCGCGAUCAUCAGUGACUGCGUCAUCUCCCCCGCCAGCUUCAGCCAUUGCUUUGACCGAGCAGGAUAUUCUGAGACUUAAGCGUCUGCUCGCGGCUUCAGGUUCUUCCUCGACGGGUACUGCUGGUUCUGUGACUGAUGCUUCCCGCACUGAGCACCCGCCCUCUACACAGUCAGGAUCGUCGCACGCACACUCUGGUUGGGGCUGGCCCUCGCCGCCGUGAUUCUCAGGGUCUUUGGGAGUUGGACUGGCUUCAUGUUCCUUCCGCUGCCACCACCAUCGCCAGUUCCUCCGCUGCUGUCGCUUCUGUUACUGGUUCCUUCAAGCAGUGGCAUCAUCGACUUGGUCAUCUGUGUGGUUCUCGAUUAUCGUCUUUAGUUCGUCGAGGCCUUCUGGGGUCUGUCUCAGGAGAUGUCUCUUUAGAGUGUCAGGGUUGUCGUCUUGGCAAGCAGAUUCAGCUACCAUAUUCUCAUAGUGAGUCAGUGUCUCAGCGUCCUUUCGAUUUAGUCCAUUCUGAUGUAUGGGGUCCAGCUCCUUUCCCUUCGAAAGGUGGUCAUAAAUACUAUAUUAUUUUCAUCGAUGAUUUUUCUCGUUA